AUGGCAACUUUAACGAACGGACAGGUGGAUGGCACAAACGGGCUAGUGAACGGAUUAAGCCACAGUCCAGCGGGCUGCGGGGGCACCAUCCCUAUGAAGGACCACGACGCUAUCAAACUGUUCAUCGGGCAGAUACCACGCAACCUGGACGAGAAGGACCUCCGGCCGCUCUUUGAGGAGUUCGGCAAGAUCUACGAGCUCACCGUGCUCAAGGACCGCUUUACGGGCAUGCACAAAGGCUGUGCCUUCCUUACCUACUGUGCCAGAGAGUCGGCCCUGAAAGCUCAGAAUGCUCUUCAUGAGCAGAAGACCCUGCCAGGGAUGAACAGGCCUAUCCAGGUGAAGCCUGCGGACAGCGAGAGUCGAGGAGAAGACAGAAAACUAUUUGUGGGAAUGCUCAACAAGCAGCAGUCCGAAGAUGAUGUGCGACGUCUCUUUGAGUCGUUUGGCAGCAUUGAAGAGUGCACCAUCCUUAGAGGUCCUGAUGGAAACAGCAAAGGUUGUGCGUUCGUAAAGUAUUCAUCUCACGCUGAAGCUCAGGCAGCUAUCAGUGCACUACACGGCAGCCAGACAAUGCCCGGUGCAUCCUCAAGUCUGGUGGUGAAGUUUGCCGACACGGAUAAGGAGCGCACCAUCCGGCGCAUGCAGCAGAUGGCUGGUCAAAUGGGCAUCUUCAACCCCAUGGCCCUGCAGUUUGGGGCCUACGGGGCGUACGCACAGGUGCAGCAGCAGCAGGCAGCGUUGAUGGCGUCAGUAGGUCAGGGGGGCUACCUCAGCCCUAUGGCAGCCUUCGCCGCCGCACAGAUGCAGCACAUGGCCACCAUCAACGGACUCCCAGGAGGCCACAUGACCCCCACCUCAGGUGGCAGUACCCCCCCUGGUAUCGGCGGCCCCACGGUGACCAGUAUCCCCUCGCCCAUCAGUGUGAAUGGUUUCAAUGGAAUGCCGCCCCCUCAGGCCAACGGGCAGCCCCCUGCCGAAGCUGUGUACACCAAUGGGAUACACCCCUAUCCUGUGUUGCAGGAGGUGGUUUUUAGAGAGGACUCUGAAAAAAACAGCUUGGCUCAUCGGAGUUGUUUUGGGGUUCAGGGUGGCUGCUUCCUCUCUUCUCUCUCUGAAGCUCAGAGUCCCACUGCAGCAGACCACUUACAGCAGGCUUACACAGGAGUCCAGCAGUAUGCAGCCUACCCUGCUGCAUAUGGCCAGAUCAGCCAGGCCUUUCCCCAGCCUCCUCCCAUCAUCCCACAACAACAGAGAGAAGGGCCGGAGGGCUGUAACCUGUUCAUCUACCACCUCCCUCAGGAGUUUGGGGAUGGCGAGCUGAUGCAGAUGUUCCUGCCUUUCGGUAAUGUCAUCUCCUCCAAAGUGUUUGUGGAUCGGGCGACAAACCAAAGUAAAUGCUUUGGGUUUGUGAGCUUCGAUAACCCAGGUAGUGCCCAUGCUGCCAUCCAGUCAAUGAACGGCUUUCAGAUCGGCAUGAAGAGACUCAAGGUGCAGCUCAAGAGGCCGAAGGACGCCAACCGCCCCUACUAG